UGUUCAAUGAUUGGUGAUUGGUUAAUUCUUACGGCCUUACGAUUACGACUAAUUGUAUAUAUACGUAUGAUGGCCUUAACUUUGAUGGCUUUGAAUUAAUGACAAGUAUUGGGUUACUUUUCAUUUCUGAAGUUAAAUAUUUUGGCAAAACAAAAAUACAAAAGCUUUCAAAAAAAAUUAUAAUUAUAAAGAAGAAAGAUAGAUUAUUCAAAAUUUGUCUUAGUUUUGCUCUAUGAUAUAUUGUGUGUGUGUGUGUGUAUGUGUGUGUGUUCUUAAAUUAUAUAAAAUUGCAAACUGAUAUUUUUAUAUUAUUACAAUUUACUUAUUAUAAUGCUAUAAUAUUUUACUCUGAAGCAUAACUUUAUUAUUAUUAUAUUUUACUUCGAAGCAUUGUCCCUAGUAGCAAAAAACAUUGGGGCAAUAUUGGAAAGUAGUAUAAAGACAAUAUUUCCAAUAUUGGUCCAAUAUUGUAAAGUGGACCCUUCAUCUUAUUUAGCCAAUUUGUCUAAGCAAAAAUAUUGGUUCAAUAUUGGUUCAGCAUUGGGCCAAUAUUGAAUCAAUCGAUUUUUCAUAUUGGACAUUAAUUGCAUUUUAAUUUGGAGCCAAUAUUUUAUAAACAAUAUUGGCGUUACAUUGGGAAAUAUUGGAAAAAUAUUGGCCAAUGCAUUCCCAAUAUAACCAAUAUUAGCCAAUAUACUGCCAAUGUAUUUUCCUAUUAGGGCGUAGUUUGAUGAAGCAUUAUCAAACACAAGAAUGAACAAAAAAAUAAUUCUGAAAUAAGCUUUCUAAGCUUUAAAAAUGUUCUUUUUUAAUCUUAAUCCUACACUGUAAGGUAGAAUAAACCCUACCGAUUUUUGGCUUUAGUUUCAGACUUGGUUUUUUGCUUAGAUUCAUGAAUUGUUUCACUGUAUUGUAAUUUAAAUUGCCUCAAAAUAACUUUUGGACAUUAAUUUUAGAAGUUUAAAUGAUGUUAAAAAAAUGUUUUGACCAAAAAUGUUUGAUAAUAUACAAAUAAUAACCACUUAAAAAGGAUGGAAUGUAUUACACCCUCUGUGUAGAAUACCGAAUUAUUUAAUAGUGUGUAGGAUUAGAGUUAAAGAACUCCUUAUGUAGAAACUUUAUUUCUUAUAAAUUUUUUUUUUACUUUAAAACUAAAAAGUUUACAGAUAAAAGAUCUGAGAUAAGAAAUAUUAAUUACAAUGUUUUUAAUUUGCAUAAAUUUUAUAAUGACUUUUUAAAUAUUUAAAUUUUGAUAAGAUGUCAAAAAAUUGCAAGCAUUUCCGUAGUAUAUAUAAUUGUCCUUUCAAAAAAUUACGAAGUGCAAUCCCGAUGAAAGGAUCAAAUUUUAUCUCGCGAAGUUUGUACGGAUUUACAGAAUAAUUACGUUUUCUAACUAUAUAAAUUCUCCGUUUUUGUUUUUAUUUUUUGUAAUACAAAAGAGUUAAUAAAAAAUAACUUUUGUAUUUUAUGUGUCUCAAGGUACAAAGAUCAGAAUAGUAUUUUUUUUUAUCAUUAUCGUGAGCAUCGCGAGUAUACCAUCCCGUUACAGGCUGGCACGCGCAAGGUCUUUGCGAAGAUAAGAGAGAAAACCUGGUGAUGUACCCGUAGCGAUUAAGCGGUUAAAAUUUACAUUUCGGUUUUAGAUAGGGAGGCGACGUCCGAGUGACGACGGACCUUCGAUAAGUUUGUAAACCUAUCGGGUAUGUAGAAAGAUCGAUCAAUGACGCAGAGCAGACAGGAGGAGGACACGGAUGCCGUUCCACCUUGGACGAACAUAUUACACAAAUGGUCGAUCGAACGAUACCGCUAACGAUACGGGCUGUAGUAUAACUAUCACUUGUUUACAACUGUGUUUUCUAGCAGCGUAAAAUUUGCUAAUCUAAAUAUAUUCAAAUUCCGAGUGAAACUAUAACUAAUACAAAUGGUUCCCUUAGUUAAUGCAACGGGGCUAAACAACACCAGAAAAACGGAGUCAGGGAUACAAUAAAUGGGGGCUUGCUGUAAUAUCUGCAAACGUGACGUGGUUUUCUUAUGAGGAAGCCAAUAAUAAUAUACGUAAUCUAACGAAAUUGUUAUAUUUUAUCGAUACUUUUUUAUGGUGGGUGUGUUGCUUAAAUAAUAUCUACAAAUUAAAUAAUAUUAUACUAUUUAAGUACAAUAACGUUUCGUAUAGAUAUUUAUCAAUUGAAAGUCACUUGUUAAUCUAAGGAAUAUUUUUAUGCAUUAGAGUUUUACCUAUUAAUCUUUCAAUUAAUGCUGUAAAUCUUAAAAAAAAAGAACAACUUAAAGUAAAGAAAGUCGUUCCUAUAUUAAAAUUUCAUAUAAAUUAUUUCUGGUAAUGAUAAAGAUAAUCACGAUACUUUUAUAUAUAUGUAGAUCAAAUAUUUAUACAGAUGAUAGUGAAUACAAAAAUAUAUCUCGAUUCAUAUCAUUUAUUACAAUUAUACCUUUCUUCAUCGCCAGUGCUCUUACAGCAAAAUAUUUCUUGCAAAUUCCUUGCAAGAAAUUCCUUUUGUGACCGUCCGAUUAUGAUUUGAUGACUUGUUAACUACUUGUUAACUCUGAUUGCUUUAAAGUGUAAAGUUUUUCGUCGUGGAAAGAGAGAAAGAGACGGAGCAUGUUUUUUUCGCGAGAGAAUGUGCACAUCGGGUUUCAUCAUCCAGGAAGCUCCUAACCAGACACGUCCGUAUUGAUCUCGGAACGUGUUAAUGGUAAUGUCGAUAGAUGCUAAUCGCGCGCAAUAGUCACUCGCGGGCGCUCACGCGUCUUUCGUACUUGCAGUAUAAUAAAUAUGCAAGGGAAAAAGAAUGAGAGGGAGGGAUAUAUGUGCAAAAAAGCGGAAACGUCGAAUCAUCGAACAAUACCCAGAGCCAGAUAACACUACAAGGCGUGUACGAGUAGGAGUAGGUGGGGAAGAGACACGAGACACACGAUGCGGAAUAAAUACUGGCCUGAAAUCGAGCGGAAUUCAGUCGCACACUUAGUGUACUAACAACGUAAACGUCUGAUCACUGUGGGACGGUCCCUAUUCUCGCGCAGACCUUCAUUGUUUGGCACCACUUUGCCAAUUGAUUAAUUAGUGGCGCCUCGGUACCGCAAGACUCCAGAGACGUGCGAACGUCAGUUUGCAAUUAACCAGCGAGAGAGGCUCGUUACCAUCGAAGUCUAUAGUACUCUGCUGCGAAACUCCGUCAUCCAAACGCGGACCAGACCACCACAAUGCUACCAGUCCAAUAUUCUUCGAUCUUUACCUUCGCGUCCGUCGCGGCUGCCACUUUUUUCGGCUUUCGUACAACGACCCCCAAGGCAGGCAACCCGCAGCAAUUCGAUGUUUAUUGGAACGUGCCCAGUUUCAUGUGCGAGCAGUACGGCGUGAUAUUUAAGAAUCUCCAGGAUUUUGGAAUUCGUCAAAAUACUAUGGAUAAAUUUCGCGGUGAAGAGAUUGCGAUUCUUUAUGAUCCUGGAAUGUUUCCAGCAUUGUUAACCAAUAAAAAUGGAAUCGUGACAAAAAGAAACGGCGGUGUUCCUCAAGAGGGUGAUCUGAAGAAGCAUCUCGAGAUGUUUCAGAAGCACUUGAUCAAGCAAAUCCCUGACGGGUCAUUUAGCGGCAUUGCCGUGAUAGACUUUGAGAGCUGGCGGCCGAUCUUUCGACAAAAUUGGGCCUCUCUCGAGCCCUACAAAACCCUAUCCAUAAAACUGGAACGUGAGAGACAUCCCAAUUGGAGCGACGAAGCCGCCAAGAAGGAGGCAAAACGUCGCUUCGAAAAAUACGGCAGAGUGUUCAUGGAGGAGACUCUGAAGAUGGCAAAGAAGCUUCGGCCUAAGGCCACAUGGGGUUACUACGGCUAUCCGCAUUGCUUCAAUCAGACCCCUGGCCAGCCCACCGCACAUUGCAAUCGUCAAACUAUGGCAGAGAAUGAUGGAAUGUCUUGGCUCUUCACGCUCGAGGACACGCACUUGCCUUCCGUCUACUUGAGGCAGGAGAUAAGGGAAGAGGAUCGGGUGGGCUUUGUAAAAGGCAGAGUUUCGGAGGCGUUACGUGUGGCAAAGAAAAGUCCGCAGAAGCAACAAGUUCUUCCCUAUUACUGGUUCAAGUAUCAGGAUCGUAGGAAUAAUUUCCUGAGCAAGAAAGACACGGAGAACGCGUUCAGCAUGAUCGCCAGCCUCGGCGCCGACGGUCUGAUCAUCUGGGGUAGUUCCGAAGACACGAACACGGAACAGAAGUGCAAAGACCUGCAGCGAUACGUGAGAGAGACUCUGGGACCGGCGAUAAAGCGGAUCAAAGGGCUCUAAGCGCAAAGCUUGGAAGUAGAGCCUGGCACUGUCUCCAGUACAAACAGAAAUUCUUUUUGUUUACUCGAUCGUUAAUUUAAUUUCUAGCGAUUUAGUUUCUAGUACUAUUUAAAUAGACAGAUUUGUAGGAA